GAAAAGCAAGUAGGCCCCUUGAUUCAGACGCACACACAGUCGUCGGCUGCUGCCCAUCCCUUUCCUCAUCAUGCCAUUCCAGAGCAGGCAAUUUGCUAAAGAUCUCAUUUUUAUUUGCUGCCCCCCUCUCUCCAUAUUCUAAUCGCCUCAUCUCUGUCUCUUUCUCCUUGGUCAUGGUAAAAGGAAUGGAGCUGCUUUGUAGAAAUUCAUAGAGAGUUGCGUGUAUCUUCCAUUUAAACAUGACUAUGUGUAAGUGGAUAUUCGACAAUGGGAGGGUGAAGACUAUGGUAUAAUCUCAAACUUCGUUGUAGUGCAGAGACAUGGCUGACCUAAAUGGGGAGAUGACCGGUGCAAAUGUGUCUCCGGAAUGCAGGAAAAUCAAAGAUUGUGGUGGUCGUGAUUAUGAGGGCUCAAACAAUGUGGGGGCCUUGAAGAGGCUGUUUUCACCGUCAAGAUUGUCGGCUGGACAAGGCUUUGAAUCAGCGGAUAGUGAGAGCCGACAGGGAUCGACACUGGCCUCUGAGAAUAGCUCAAAAUGCCACGAGGCUGAUAUGCAAUCGUCGUCUGUUGGUGUUGGUUCUACGCAGGUGAAGAGUGAGAUUAGCACCGAGACACUUUUACCCCCCGGGAGUGGGAGUCUUGAAAUGGAUAUAACGAAGAAGAAGCAGAGGGAUCAUGUGGUUGGUGGUGAAGACGGGUUAAGUACGAAUACGGUUGAGUCUUCAUGUUCGAACUCUUUACCUGUUGUGGUUCCGGUUUCCUUUUCCUACCAAAGCUAUCAGGAGACAUCGAAGGAGGCUUACUUGUUUAGGAACUGUGGGAGCUCAAUGGAUAGUUCGAACUCUAAGGCCUUUGAUCGCAGCCCCGAAGAACCAGUGACUGCCAGUUCUGAGUCAGGAAUAUCUGCUCAAAUCGCGAGCAAAGCUAGAAGAAACGUGAAUGCUAGGAGUAGUACGAAGAUUUUGUCGUUGGGUGGGAAUCAGUCUUCAUCGAUGAUUAAUAAACGAGAGAGCGAGGCUUGUCAUAGCUGGGAUCUUGAGGCAGAAGUUCCGAAAGGGAGCGAUGAUGUGAAAUGCGGUUCUAGAGAAACAACGACAAAGCAUGGAAUGUCAGGGGAAGGCGGGAGCGUAGUGGCAACGAAAGGGAAGACGGGCUCUGAGGUGAUGGACAAGAACAAUGAUGAGAUUCGAGCGAACGAAUCUGCAGAUUCAUCAAUAGCAGAACAGGGUAAGAAACCCGUGAAAGAUGAGGAUGACAAAGCUAUUGCUGGAUUUGAUCUCAACGAAGACUUGAACGCGAGUGAGCUAAACGACUGUGAUCAGCCGGCUUUGCCUUUUGUGCCAUCUCACAGUGUGAUACACGUCGUAGCAAAACCCGUAAUACCAAGUGGUAGACGGCCUAUGAUGCCAUUAAAAUUCGAAGGGAGCCUAGGCUGGAAGGGUACUGCCCAAACGAGUGCUUUUCGUUCCACAAAUCACAGGCCAAAAGGCCUCCAGGGUUUCACCGGAAUCGACCUCAAUGUUGCCGUUGAAGAUGAUAUUGCUGCUUAUGGGACUCCAACGGAGCGUGCUUCGACUUUGCAAGACUCUCAUCCAGAUGCCGACAGGAAGCAAGCCAAGAGCCCCUGGAUCGAUCUCAACUGCCUCGACAAUGCAGCUGAAGAGUUUCCUCAGCCUUCAAUCCAACCUAUAUUGGAAAGCUCUCCGUUGGUAGACUUGAACUUGGACACGGGGAGGUCCAACAACGGCCAUUGGCUCGGCCAAGCUAGCCACUUCCCAAAUCCAGGAUUGCGUGAUUUCAGUUUCAACAGGAACAUUUAUUUGGCUGAUUUGAAUACCAUACAGCAUAUGGCCAACAACGGCCAUACACUAAUGGCUUCACCGCAGUUUCUCCAGCGAAUGGAGCUCGUUCCACAACAUACCUUACCAUCCAUCGUCAACCAGUCCAGAUAUUUCCACGAACACGGCUCAUUGUACAACACCCCUCAUCCGGGCCAAUUUGUUCACGAGAAUAUCAGUAGUAGCAAGAACGCAACCAAACUCGAGCCUAAGACAGAAGACCUCUUGUCAGCAAGCGGGAGCAAGAGCGACAGGCCUAGGUAUUUCCCGUUUCUUUCUAAAGAACCCCCGAUGGGUGAACGUAUGAUGAAUCAAGAAGCCUGGUACGCGGCCUCCUUGAAACGGAAGGAGCCCGAGGGAGGGCUCGACUGCUUCCACCUCGGCUACAAACAGCUAAUCUGAUUCGUUCUUACACGACUAAUCGAGUAUGCAUGGGGAUUCCCUGAUUCAGCCAUCAAGAACCUUGCUCAGCUAUGUUUAGUAAGUUUAUCAUAUUCCACAAAUAUUUUUCCCUUUCACAUUGCUGAACUUGUGUAUAUAAAUUUAUGCUUUUUGUUUGAGCAUAGUUGUAGAAUACAUUGAUGAUACCUUCAAGAUUCAAUUUUUAUUCGACGAAAUUCAUUGCUUUA